UUGUUCACCGGUCCGCUACUUCUGCAUCAGAUCCAGUUACAAGAAUUCCCAACACAUGCUUUCCAUGCCGGCAGAUGGCAGGCUGGAAUCAGGCUGCAGCGCCCGCAGCACUGAUGAAGAUCGGCUGCCUUGCGGCUCCUACCUCUUCCUGAACCUCCCGGAAGACGUCCUCGCCCUGAUCUCACUCUAUCUCUCUCCUCGCGACCUCUGCAACCUCUCCCUUUCCUCCCGCCCCCUCUGCUCCGCUGUAUCCACGUCAGAAAAGAUCUGGCUUUCUCAGUGCCGACGCGCGGGCCUCCCACCUCCGCUACUUUCCCGAUGGCGAGCUGGCGUCCGAUCCCACCGCGCCCUUUGCCGCUUCCUAUACGCUGUAUCCCCUCUUCUUGGCCUCUGGGUGCACCAAAACCCCGAGCUUGGGAACGUAGUAUUCGUACUCUGGGGUUUCCUCUCCGUUGUUGGGUGCCGCGUCAUUCCUCAGGAGCUGGGUCCACUCGGUCUCUCGGCCGGCCCCCUCCUCUGGACCCCCGUGUUUGAGAUCCUCGCCGACGCCGACGGCUCUGCAGAAACUUUCUUCCUACAUGGCCGGGAGGCUGACGACUCUCUCUACCCCGGUCUCGUCCGCUCCAUCCAACCUGACUGCAAUGUUCUCCUCCUCGAGGUUGAUACCCGCCACAUCUUUCCCCGCAGUUUUCACGCAAGCGAAAACCAGAGCGCAAAGCGUCUUUACCUCUCGGGCACCACCGUCUCGUCGGCCCUGCCCCCGGCGCCAUUCAACAGGUUGGCCUUCGGCGAUCGCCGGAGGCUACUUGAUCUCGUUGCUGGCAGAGUUCGCCUGAAGGUUCCAAGAGACCUUCUGACAGCUCCACUCUUCCCACCUUGUACCUCUUCCACCUCCUUUGAUAACGAGGAGGCUCUCCUAGAGGAAAGGAGGUCUGUGCUAAUCAAGAUGCACAAACUCAGUGGCGGCCGUGUUGACUGGCGAGGAGAUGAAUUGUAUUCAUGUGCAAGCGAUUUUUAUGACAAAAUUUUUGAUGGCGAUGGGGUUUCUCCAUUGCCGAGUGUCAUCUCUUCUACGAGAAGGUGGAACUUCUUCUCCGUAGCUGGUUAUUUUAGAGAUGGGCUUAGACAGAUCAUUGGUAAGCCCAAAUCCUCCCAUGUGUCCUCCUUGGUUUUGGAAAAUGGGGCCUCCGGAAUCUCUAGCGAGACGAAGCAUGUUCAGCUCCAUGAGUUUCUGAUGGGUGGAGAUACCAUAGGACUCAGCUUAUGUGCCACCAAAAUGAGAUUAACCACUUAUAGAGCAUGGCCAAAUAUGCACGAUAACAGGUUUGCCCUAUAUAAGCUUCCACUGCAGCUGCCUGCAGAUGGUCAAGAAUAUGCUGGCCUUUGGGGCGGCACGUUUGGAUGGCCUCCUUGGCAAUCAUCUGAAGAUAAGCCAGGGAAGGCCUUGUUCUUUUUGUUACUCUCUUAUGAGGAGGUUGAUGGGCAUCUCAUUCUGAUUGCCACCAAGAUAUUGGAAGGAACCCAUUAUGUUCUACAUCCUAAUGGCUCAGCUAUGUUUAUUGUGAAAGUCGAAGAGCCGUCACCAGAUCCUUUCCCAUGGGACACUUAUGUAGAUUCAGUUCCUGUCGAGGUGAAGCGAACAUAUUCAGGAGAGGGUAUUGCUAACGGUUAUGGUUUCCGGUUUCCUGGGUCCAAGCCAGGAUCCUUGUUUGAGAUACAAAACGGGCAUCUUGCAUUUGUUUGGAAGGAGUCCAAGUCUGUUUUGACAAUUCAGAGGCUGGAGCUUGAAGAUCUAUUGAAGAAAGGGGAGCGAGUGCCUUCCUUGCCGCGAAUUGCAAACUUUGCUUACCUAACAAAGUCCUACUCGAACGUAUUUGCAGGCUUUCCUAACAGCUCAAGCUGUUCAUCUCCGCCAAGGUUCAGUUAAAUUACGCAGCUGUGAUGGUAUUUCUUAAAUGGUUUAAAUAUAUUAAUGUCACAUCUUAUUAAGAUUGACAUAUGGAGUAUGAACGCAGAUAAUGCUUUCAAUUUUAUCUAUCUUUUCCACCAA